AUGAUGAAUGCUGAUUUUAAUUCAAAUGCACAUCAUAAUACUACUGAUAGUCAAACAAAAAGUUCAUCUUCAUCAACACCAGAUACUCGAUCAAUAAUGAAUAGUAAACAAAAUAAUCAAAGUAUGAAACAAAUUCGAAAUUCCUCCUCAUCAUUAAAUGAUUCCAUUAGAAAACGAUUGACAAAUAAUUUAUCCAUUGAAAAUGAUAAUAACACGAAUCAUGUCAAUAAAAAUAUUCUUCAUUCAACAUUGAAUCAUGCUUCACCAAGAAUAUCUCCUAAAAAUCAACUUACUGAAACUAAAUCUAUGAUAAGUAGUAGUAAUAGUGAUCGACAAAAUUACAAAGAGAAAAACAAUGUUACCAUUAAACGUGAACUACUACUAACUGAUAGAAGAAUGAAUCGAAUACGCAAUUUAAUAGUAUCAUCAUCAUCGAAAAGAAUCAAUCAACAUUCAUCAUUGAAUAUAACGAAUUCUACGCAAUCAUCAUCGGAUCACUCAGAUGUAGAUAUUAAAAAGGAUAAUAAAGAUAAUACAGUAUCGCUAUCCAAAUCAAAUAACAACUGUAGUUUUAGCAAUCGUAGUAGUCUUAUAGGUGCGAUUAUCAAUAGUAGUAAUGCUAAUUCCAAAGAUAUUGAUCAGCUAGACAAUAGUGAUAGUUCUUCUGUGUCUGAUAUUGCUUCAGUCACUGAGACUGGAAGAAUUCCAAUGCCUACUCCACGUAGAACAUAUUCGAAUGAAAUAAAUCAAACUAGUUUGAAAUCUGGAAUAUGCCAUUCUAGACUUCUUAAACGAGGUCAAAUUAAUAAUACACAACCACAGAAUUCUAUAAACAACAAUCGUAAAGUUCCAAUGAGCAAACCAAAUCCCAUUCUGACGACAGAACAACAAGAUGAAAUUAUUCCAUUAAAUAUGAAUAUACUACUCAAUAAACCAGUAGUACAUUCUUCUCGUUCAAAUAAAACACCAUUGUAUAAAAAUUUACUAUCACCAUCUUUGAAUUCUGUAAUGAAUAAUUAUAAAACAAUCACCAAUGGUAAUGGAAAUCAUUGUACACUAAAAUAA